CUGAGACAGAAACAUUAGCUCUGCAUGCUCGUAAGGCAUUGCUUUGUACUGUUGGACUGUCAUAUUUGGUUAAACUUUGCACGGUGCUUGUGCUGUUACUAGCAAGACAAAUACAUUUUCAGAUUUCCAGGUGUGACAGUGAGCGGCUGUUGUUCCAAAGGCCACUGACAUGGAUAUUUUUCGCUGUGCCUUGAUCCUGACAGUGAUCUUGUGUGCCGCUCUGCCCUGUGAUGCUCAACCAGCAAAUGUACAGCCACGCUACAGGAAGUUUCUCAGUCAACACGUGAAUGAACAUAUGAAUCAACACAUCUGUACCCAAGUGAUUCACGAAAGGGAAAUAACAGAGACUAAUUCCAAUAGAUGUAAAGAGGUAAAUAGUUUCAUAGUGGCCGAUAAAAAGCACAUCAGAGACGUGUGCGUGCGUGCUGGAAGCCCUCUUGGUAGAGACCUGUAUGAAAGCACACAACCCUUUCAAGUGGUGAAAUGUACUCUGAAAAGUGGAGUAACACGUCCCCAUUGUCAAUAUAAGGGUAGUAAGCAAAUGCGUCGAAUCACUCUGGGCUGUGAUCAAGGAUGGCCCACUCAUUAUGAUGAGGAUACAGUAGUUAUUACACAUGGGUAACUUUAUAUUUUCAAAUUGCUGUUGUUAUAGUCAGUCUACUUUGAACCAAUAUGAAGGGUCUAAUGCAGUUUAUUAAUUAACAAUGUGUUUCCUUCUUUCUUUCUUUUUUUUAUGUAAUUGCUUUUCUCAUAUUGUUAAAUAUACAUUUAAGAUGCUAAACCUGAACUUACACUGGCCUGGAGAAAUACAUCUGUGGGUAAUAAUCUUAAAAUUGGACAUUUGUGUCCAUGUAAAACAAAUAAACAAGUGAAAAUAAACCCUGCCAAAUUCCAGUUCUAUGACUUCUCAACUGGAGACAUCAUGAUGUUGACAAGUGUGUUACAGAUUAAAUAUGUCCUCUCUACAUUAUUUCUUAGUUUUCAUUUUUGUUUUCUCAAGACAUUGGGGAUGCCAUUUAGUUUUAUAAUUGUACACAGUAAGGUUGUGAGAGAAAGGAAAAGUUUCAACUGGUAUAGCCACACUGAUAAAGUGGGAAGACGGUUCUGACAGUGUUUUGAGUAGUACAGCACAGAUUUAGUAACAGAACAAGUUUAUUAGUUUGUGGUAUUUCGCGUCCAAUGUUAAAAUAAAACAUUAGGUCCACAACUGUUACUUUGACUUGAGAGAGUGGUAUUACCUGUAAUUAAUGUCAUUGUAGUAUACACACAAUGCAAUUUACAGUCAGAUAUUUGUUUGAAUGUUUGAAAUGGAAUGACUGAUGAAUGUGUAUAACAUGAAUAAGAUUAAUAUGUAUAAUCGUUCUUACACAUGCAAGAACUAAGAGUUCUGUCAUGCUGUUACAUUAAAUCCUUCUCAUUUGUCCCA